CAAUGGCCGGGGCGGGCGGUGGAGCCCGAGCCCCACCCAGUGCGGAGCGUGCCGCGGCCCGCGCAGGAGGCUGAGCGCCGCGGCCGCCGUGCGCGCCGGCGCCGGGCCAUGUACUCGGGGAACCGUAGCGGCGGCCAGGGCCACUGGGAGGGCGGAGGGGCCGCGGGCGCCGAGGAGCCGGGACCGGCGGGGACGCUCAGCCCCGCGCCGCUGUUCAGCCCGGGCACCUAUGAGCGCCUGGCGCUGCUCCUUGGCUCUAUCGGGCUGCUGGGCGUCGGCAACAACCUGCUGGUGCUUGUCCUCUACUACAAGUUCCAGCGGCUCCGCACUCCCACCCACCUCUUGCUGGUCAACAUCAGCCUCAGCGACCUGCUGGUGUCCCUCUUCGGGGUCACCUUUACCUUCGUGUCCUGCCUGAGGAACGGCUGGGUCUGGGACACCGUGGGCUGCGUGUGGGACGGGUUUAGCAGCAGCCUUUUCGGGACUGUUUCCAUUACCACCCUAACCGUGCUGGCCUAUGAACGUUAUAUUCGCGUGGUCCAUGCCAGAGUGAUCAAUUUCUCCUGGGCCUGGAGGGCCAUUACCUACAUCUGGCUGUACUCACUGGCAUGGUCUGGAGCACCUCUGCUGGGCUGGAACAGGUACAUCCUGGAUGUACACGGACUAGGCUGCUCUGUGGACUGGAAAUCCAAGGACGCCAAUGACUCCUCCUUUGUGCUUUUCUUAUUUCUUGGCUGCCUGGUGGUGCCUGUGGGCGUCAUAGCCCAUUGCUAUGGCCAUAUUCUGUAUUCCGUUCGCAUGCUUCGUUGUGUUGAAGAUCUUCAGACAAUUCAAGUGAUUAAGAUUUUAAGAUAUGAAAAGAAAGUGGCCAAAAUGUGCUUGUUAAUGAUAUCUACCUUCCUGAUCUUUUGGAUGCCUUAUAUCGUAAUCUGUUUCUUGGUGGUUAAUGGUUAUGGACACCUGGUCACUCCAACAGUCUCAAUUGUUUCAUAUCUCUUUGCUAAAUCAAGUACUGUAUAUAAUCCAGUUAUUUAUAUCUUCAUGAUAAGAAAGUUUCGAAGAUCCCUUCUGCAACUGCUAUGUUUCCGACUGCUGAGAUGCCAGAGGCCUGCUAAGGACCUACCAACCAAUGGGAGUGAAAUGCAGAUCAGACCCAUUGUGAUGUCACAAAAAGAUGGGGACAGGCCAAAGAAAAAAGUGACUUUUAAUUCUUCUUCCAUCAUUUUUAUCAUCACCAGUGAUGAAUCACUGUCAGUUGAAGACAGUGACAAAACCAGUGUGUCAAAAGUUGAUGUAAUCCAAGUCCGUCCUUUAUAGGAAGGAAUAGUGGUAAUGAAAGACAAGGCCUUGUAUUGAAAACCACUUUCAGACUUCCAUUAUAAGGACUGUUUUGGAAUCCUCAUUCUAUGUUAAUAUUGUUGGAAAGGAAAAAUUUUCCUCUGCCCUACAAGAUUCUUCUGGCUGGUCUAGGAAUUAAAUUAACAUCAGACAGAUUAACAGAAGAAAAAAAAAGUUUAAUUCUGUGUGCAAGGAGGCCAAAUAAUAAAAUUGAGACCCAAAGAAAUAAAUGAGCAA